CAGCAAGAGAAGACAAAGACAAAGACAGUUCCACAAUUCCAUGCUCUCCUUUGGCAAGCUCUGUACCAUCUAUGAGAAAAGACAAAAGGGCAGCAGCAUGCAACUCACCUCGAAUGGUGGAAGUAUGCAGCACUUUGCAAGUAAAUGACAAGUAGUUAAAUCUGAGACAAACCUUGUUCUAGGCAUUGAGACUGCUCCAUAAGUUUGUGGAAGGGUCAAUGGAAGGGUUAGGAGAAGGUACCUACUCAUUCAUAUAUCAGGACUUUUUACAUGUACAAAACUCCACCCAAUUGACCAAUUCCAUUCACCCAGCUGGUUUCUCUGUUGUACUGAUCUCAUCUUCACCUCCUCUCUUCAAUGCAAUCAAUUCAUUUGCCUGGCACCCCAUUAAUUUCUCCAGCCAUUAAGGAUCCCAUCUCCCCAUCUUCCUCAAAUUGACCUGAAAAUUUGCUUCUCCUACCACCUGCAGAGAUCAAAAGAAUGCUCACUCCAGCAGCAAUUCUAAGAGAGUCUGGAACUCAGAGACAGUGGUGAUCCUGGUGAGUCUCUUCUCUCCCUUUCUCUCUCUCUCUCUCUCUCUCUCUCUCUCUCAUGUUUCCCACUUCGUAUGCCUUAACGAAGCAUGGACUGGGUGUUUCAUGAAAGCAUCAGGGGGAUAUCUUCUUCUCCAUAUCCUCUUUCACUCCCAUUAGCAGUCCUCCCACCACCACCAUCACCCCCUCCACCUCCUCCUGUUGUUAAUAUCGAGAAUAGGAUCAGUCCUAGUAUUCUCCUGAUAAUUAUCAUACUUGCAAUCAUCUUCUUCAUCUCUGGGCUGCUCCACCUACUUGUGAGAUACCUCCUGAGACCCAUCAACAGGGAACCAGAAGCCACAGAGAACUCGACAGCACUCCAGGGACAGUUGCAGCAGUUGUUCCAUCUCCAUGAUGCAGGGGUCGACCAGUCCUUCAUAGACACCCUCCCAGUCUUUCCCUACAAAGCCAUCAUCGGCCUCAAGGACCCAUUUGACUGUGCUGUGUGCCUCUGUGAGUUUGAGGCUGAUGACAAGCUCAGGCUGCUCCCAAAGUGCAGCCAUGCCUUCCAUGUAGAGUGUAUAGAUACUUGGCUCUUGUCCCACUCCACCUGCCCCCUCUGCAGAAGAAACCUCCUCCCUGACUUCUCUCCUCCAACCAGUUGUAGCCCCUUACUCCUUGUUCUUGAGUCUGGGAGUGAGAGUUCAAGGGAGAGUGUUUCUGAGAGGGGGGACUCCUUCUCUAAUACUGGUCUUGUUUGUCAUGGAGAUGAUGAUGGCCCUGGGACUUCUAUCAAUGAUACUUCACAAAAGCCAGUGGAGAUCACUGCAAAGGAAGAAGCUCGCUCGGUAGUGGCAGCCUCAGAGGCUGAUGAAACAGAGGUAGUACCUGUCAAGCUCGGCAAGUUUAGGAGUGUGGAUGGUGAUGGAGCUGUUGGUGAAGGCAGUAGCACUGCAAACAGUACUCUGGACCAGAGGAGGUGCUUCUCCAUGGGUUCCUAUGAGUAUGUGAUGGAUGAGAGGUCCUUGCUUCAGGUUCCCAUUAAGCCACCAAAGAAACCAAUCGUCCACAGGCCCGGGCACCGGGAUGCAAUCUCGGAAUGUGAUUACCAUUCAAAAAGGGAGGCAUUUAAAGGACUGGAUGCACUAAGAGCUGCCGAGUUCAGAGAUGGUGGUGGUAAUGCUAGUAUUAGCCGCAAUCAGCAUAAGAAAGAAAGCUUCUCAGUCUCCAAGAUAUGGCUUCGGUCCAAGAAAGAGAAGCCCAUGGCCGAUGACUCUUCCCGGCGAGCAUUAUCUUUCCGGUUGCCAUUGCAUCGGGCGGUGAUGACCGAUGAAUCAAAGCUGAAGAGCCGUGCCAGCCCUGCUGCUACUGCAUCUGAAUUCAACGUUUCGACAUGGGAGAAGAGCUCAAGUGAAGUAGAUCUGGAUGCGGAGGUAGGAAGCUCCAAUAGAGUACGAUCUCCGGCUGAUGAGGCACCCUCGUUUGCAAGAACGUUGCUUUGGCUGGUAGGAAGGCAGAACAAGAGGAAAACCAAAAGAAGACGCAAUAGUUUCCUCUCAAUUAAUCCCUUUCUCAUCAAGAGCUAAGAAAGUGGAGGAGCUCAUGAAACACAAACCUUCUUCACCUUAUGGUGAAACAAAGGAAUCCAUCAUUGUGUGCUCAUGUGAUGCAGAAGAGAUCCACAUAGCUAGUGGCCUUUUCAAAAUUCAAACUGUUUCCUUGUGGGGUUUGUUCAUCUCACACCAUCAUAAAUCUGCUGAGGUAGCAGAGGUUGCAAUCUGAGGGUGGUUUGUCACAUGCCUCGGAGUUAAUGCACUUGGCACAACUGUGAUGUGUUGGGUCUUUCAUCCAUUUAUUAGUGGCUGAGGUUGGAGCCCUUCUUUAAUGGCAACUGCUUUGACAAUUAUACUUGUGGAGGGUCACAGGAGAUGUGGGGUUAUGGUGGUGGUGGUGGUGGUGGUGGUGAGUACAGUAUGCCCUUUAAUCCCUCAACACCAGACCCUACCUUCUCCUACCUCAUGUUCUUGUAGCCAACUUGUGUCUUCUCUCUCCUUCGUAUCCAUUCCUCUCAGUCUUUUUCAA